ACUUGUCUUCUUCUUUCAUUCCCUCCACUGUGAGCGAGCCGAGCCGAGCCGACCCGGACCGGACCGCAUCAAGCCCCUGAACGGAUCACCGUGCGCGGCUGGAGGCGAUGGAGCCGUGAGCCGAACCGAACCGAACCGAACCGAGUAGAGCCGAGGGGCGAUGCUGCCGAGUGAAGAAGACUCCUCUUCCUCCUCUUCUUCUAUUUCUUCUUCUUCUUUUUCUUCUUCACACGCACGUUCCUGUGCUGUGGAUUGCGCGUGCACGCCGAGCAUGGAGACGAGCUCGUGCACAGGAAGCUGCCGCCGCCGAGGCACGCGGAUGGCACGCGCGCUCCCGCCGCUGCUGCUGCUGUUGCACUUCAUCUCUGUGCACGGAGUCGUCAUAGCGACCAACACCACUGAGCUGACUGCCGUCCUGAACGGGACCGCCCCACUUAGUGAUCAGGACGGUCCUACUGAUGUUAGCCAUGCGGUCACCAUGGGAACCGGCCCCGGCGGUUCCGUCAACACUGUGACGCCCAGGGCGGGCCGCGUGCCUCGGGACGGCGGCGUGGGCGAGGAGCAGGAGCUGAGCAGCGGCAUGUUUGGCGAAGCGCCGGUGCCCGAAGUGGGCGGCACGCUCUCGCCAUCUGAGAUCGGCCCCGAUUCGGUGGAGGCGGAGCUGCUGUUGCCUGGCAACCGUCUGCCAGGCGAUGUCACGGGCGAGGAGCCUGUGCCGCGUAGCGACCCGCCGUGGAUCCACGCCAAGGACACGGCCGUGUUCGACCUGGACCGGCCGUCCGCCGCCGCCCCGCCGCCGCCCGCCACCGCCCAACUCGACGUCCUCCACGUGGACUUUUUCGAUCCCGCCUCCCGUGGACGUAACAUGGACUUGGGUCCGCGUCCCACCUCGUCGUUGGCCCACGAGCUCCAGGGCGGCGACCCGACAUCCUGGGCCAUGCCGGACAGCUACGACUACUUGACCCCGUAUGAGGACGGGGUGUCUCCCACCAGCGACAAGUACCCCGACAGCACCACAGACGACGUUGGCUCUCCAGCUCGCCCCAGACCGGCGGGUCCCGCCUCCUUUCUGCCGAACGGGCCCCGGCGCGCCCCCCCGGCCACCUCCCCGGUGGACGGCUCUGACGGAAUGGGCGGCUGUCGCCCCGGCUAUCAGAUGAUCAACGCUACUUGUCGCUCCCCUUGCGACUUUGACCCCAACUUCUGCUACAAUGGAGGACAGUGUUACCUGCUGGAAGACUCCGGGACAUUCUGCAGGUGCAACGUUCAAGACUACAUCUGGCACAAAGGUGCCCGCUGUGAGGCGGUGGUGACGGAGUUCCAGGUCAUGUGUCUGGCGGUGGGCGUGUCGGCCGUGGUGGUCCUGCUGCUCUUCAUGAUGGUGGUCUGCUUCGCCAAGAAGCUCCACGUACUCAAGACAGAGAAUAAGAAGCUGCGCAGACGCAGUAAGUACCGGCCCACAUCGGAGGCUCACAAUGAUAAUUUCUCGCUGUCCACCAUCGCUGAGGGCUCCCACCCAAACAAAACCAUGAGCAGAUACACGUGGGAGUGUAAGACCAAAGAGGAGUCCGACUGCGAGGAUGAUCCCAAUUCCCAUAACAAGCUGGAGGAGCCGUUGAAGGCCCCGGCCAAGGAAGAUGACGCCCUGAACAUCCACAACGCGCUGACGCCCAAACACGACAACCACAAGCUGCUGGGCGACGACGACUCGGAGGUCAACUCUCUGCAGAACAACAUGAUGUGAAAAAUACACUUUUUCACCAAGACACUGACCGCUGCCCACUGACCCACCCGUGCCCGCCACUCCGUCCUCCGCCACACGGGUUCAUCGAGCAGCCAAGCCGACACUGCCAUCAUGCUCCGUCCCCUUCCUGUCGCCCAUUCAUCAUCCCUUCACCACCUUGUUGCUGUCACUUGACUGCCCCUUACCUCUUUCACCGCUCACGUAUACACACACACAAACACACAACACACACACAUACUCACACACAUUUCCCUGCCUGCAUCGUUGUAUUUUGUAAAAGAAAAUUCCAGAAUUCCAGCGUGUGUAAACGUGGUAAAAAGAAAAACGCUACUGAGAGGUUUUGAUGUUUGUUGACUAAUCCAGUGAGUGUCUAUAAAUAUUGCAAACAAAUCAGAUCGAUGGAUCGACUUCAAACACGACGUGUCUUGUUUUCUUUGAUGUGAUUUCUAAUCCUUUGAUGUACUUUUACUGUUUUUAUUUUCUACUCUUUCAACCAACGAGAACAACAAACGAGAUUCCAACACUUGUUGAAAUAAAACCUUUUUAACAUGA